GAUUUAUUAUUUUCAGGAGGCCUUUUGGACUUAGUUAGCGAAAUCGUAACCGAAUGUAAAAAGAAGUCUUUGCCGUUCGAAUUCGUGUUAAACAAAUGGGACUUGGGCUACAAAGCUCUUAAAGGCGGACCAGUUUCUGCCAUUGGUAUCAUUAACUAUCAAGGAGCUGAGGUAGUUUGGUCGUUCUUCUGCAUUUUGAAAGGGCACUUAAAAGUUGCGUCUAAGAUGAACAUGUCACCUGAUGAGAGUGACGACGACAGCUUCAUAAAUGAAGGCGACUUUCAGGAAGUUAUUACUUUAGAAGAUGAACGCGCUCUUCCACAGAGCGAGUUUAUCGCAGACGAAAUUAACGAUAUUACCUUGGAAGGGAUCAAUGACAUUCCCUCUGAUCCCAUUCAGGUCAAUGAAAGCGAUGAUUCGGUUUUGGCAUACCACAGACAUACAGCUUCAGUUUUUUCUGUUGCCGCAACCGACUACGCCGUAGCUUCAGGCGGCGAAGACAACAUCGCCUAUUUGUGGAACUUACGCACCGGGGAUACUUUGUACGAAUUCUCCGGUCACUCCGAUUCAGUUACGUUUGUUGAUUUCAAUUCUAAGAAAUCAUUACUUGCCACGGCGGAUAUGAACGGCGUUGUCAGAGUUUGGAACAUGGAUGAUUACAGUUUCUUAAACGGGUUCCAAGUUGGUGAUUUGCAGUGGAUGCAAUGGCACCAAUCCGAGAAGCACAUUUUUUUCUGUGGAACAAGUGACGGAUCGCUGUGGAUGUGUUGGGCACCUAACGGACAACUUAAGGUUUAUUCCGGAUGUUCGUCGCCAUGUUCCGUUGGCCGUCUUUUACCUGAUGGUAAGCGUUUAGCUGCCGGAUACAGUGAUGGCUCUCUCAGAAUUUGGAACCUUAAAACAUCAGCGGCAGUGCACGUUUCUGGUCAGAACUUUGGUUCCACCAAUCUUGAAGUUUCGUGCCUCAGCUGCUGCAACGAUGUAGUCGCCGUGUAUGGAACUGUCGGUGGCGAGGUGAAUCUGUUUAACAGCGACAGUGGCAAGAGUGGCAUUGUCAAGUCAGAAUGGAUAGACAACAUGCUAAUCACGGCUUGUUUGGAUGGUCAUCUAAGAAUGUGGGACGGUCGGACUGCUGAGCAGAUAAUCAUCUGGCGCGGCCAUAGUGCAGAGUUGUUGGAUUUCGCAAUCACGCCGAACCGCCGCUGCAUGGUGUCUGGCGAUGAUGAAGGAGUGUGCAGAGUUUUCCUGUUGCCUCCUGCAACCACACAAUAA